UUGACGUUGAAGUAAAAAAGUUGUGAAGAAAAAAAAUAAUGAGUAGUAAAUCAAAGCUAGUUUUAAAACAGAAUAGUUUUGACAUUUGAAAAUUUUUGUUCAAACAACAAAAGAAGUACCGGUUUAAAAUUUUAUUGUAAUUAAAAUUUUUAGAAUCGGAUUAUUAAAUAAUUUUAGGCUAGAAUUAAUUUUUAAAAUUUUAUUUAGUUAUUAGAAGAAGUUAAAAUUCAAAAAAAAAAAUAUUUUGUAAUAAAAAAUAUGCAAUAAAGCAAAGUUUAUUCAUAAAGUUAAACAGUGGUACAACACAUGCUUCUAUAUAGAAAAAAAGGAAAACUAAAAUAAAUAAAAUUAACAGAAAAUCAAAUUUGUUAUGCAAUUUUUAAAUACAGAAGUUUAGUUUUUAAAUUGUUUUGUAAAUUAAAAAAAUUAAAAAAACUUCAUUUAACGUUUAAUUUUGUACAUAUAUACAUAUAUCUAUGCAUAUUGAUAUAGUGGAGCAACAGAUUUUUAGAAUUUGAAAAUUACAAUAUUGAGAAUUACAAACAAUCUUAAUAUACGCGAAUUCAACAGAAGUUAUAAUGGACAAGCAAGUUGUUUGGGCCCGAGACCCUAUAGAAGGUUAUAUAAAAGCUCGGAUAUCUGAAAUUGGUAAUAAUGAAUUUGAAGUGACACCAUUAGAUUCAAAAUAUUCGAAACGUCAGUGUCAUAUUGAUGAUAUUUAUCCAUCAUGUGAGUUAAUUGAGGAUCGUGAUGAUAAUUGUGAACUUAUGCUGCUAAAUGAGGCUACAUUUCUGGAUAAUUUAAAGACACGCUAUUACAAAGACAAAAUUUAUACAUACGUGGCAAAUAUUUUAAUUGCAGUAAAUCCUUAUAGAGAAAUUAAGGAUUUAUAUUCGUCCGCUACAAUUAAAAAAUAUAGUGGUCGAUCACUGGGUGAACUACCACCUCAUGUAUUUGCUAUAGCCGAUAAGGCAAUUCGUGAUAUGAGAGUACUGAAAUCAUCUCAAUCAAUCAUUGUCUCUGGUGAAUCGGGUGCAGGAAAAACAGAAUCAACAAAGUAUUUAUUGAAAUAUUUAUGUCAUUCACAUGACGGAGCUGGUCCAAUUGAACAAAAAAUUUUGGACGCUAAUCCCGUUUUAGAAGCAUUUGGAAAUGCUAAAACAACUCGCAACAAUAACAGCUCCAGAUUUGGAAAAUUUAUAGAAGUACAUUAUGAUACUAAAUAUCAAUUGGUUGGAGGUUAUAUAUCACACUAUUUGCUUGAAAAAAGCAGGAUUUGCUCACAAACAUCAGAAGAAAGAAAUUAUCAUGUUUUUUAUAUGUUAUUGGCUGGAGCCCCUCAACAGUUACGUGAUAAGUUAGGAUUAGGAAAACCUGAUGAUUACAGGUAUUUGUGUGGUUGUACCCAAUAUUUUCUCAAUAAUCAAACUGAAAAACAAGUACCACAAGCUCAAAAAUCACGAGAACAUUCCCAAAAAGGAUGUUUAAAGGAUCCAAUAUUAGACGAUUAUCAAGACUUCCAAACCUUAGAUAAAGCUUUGGCAUACAUGGGUUUAUCAGAAAAUGAUAAAUUUGGAAUUUAUGCUUUAGUUGCUGCUGUUCUUCAUUUGGGUAAUAUUUCGUUUGAAGAUCUUCCAGAUGAUGUUCGUGGCGGUUGUCAAGUUUCGGAAAAGUCUGAAAAGUCUUUAGUAAUGACAGCUAAAUUACUGGGUGUCGAUGAUUAUGAAUUAAGACAAGCAUUAGUUUCUAGAGUGAUGCAAAGUAAGGGUGGCGGUUUCAAAGGAACAGUUAUUAUGGUUCCAUUAAAGAUUUAUGAAGCCAACAAUGCGCGUGACGCUUUAGCGAAAGCUAUUUAUAGUAGAUUAUUUGAUCGUGUUGUAUCAAUUAUAAAUCAAAGUAUACCAUUUAAGGCUUCUAAUUUUUAUAUAGGAGUCUUGGAUAUAGCCGGUUUUGAAUAUUUUACCGUUAAUUCUUUUGAGCAGUUUUGUAUUAACUAUUGCAAUGAAAAAUUGCAAAAAUUUUUUAAUGACAAUAUUUUAAAAAAUGAACAAGAGCUGUAUAAACGUGAAGGAUUGAAUGUUCCAGAAAUUAAGUUUACAGAUAAUCAAGACAUUAUUGAUUUAAUAGAAUCAAAAGCUAAUGGUAUAUACACUUUAUUGGAUGAGGAAUCUAAACUGCCAAAGCCCUCAGCAAUGCAUUUUACUUCAGAGGUACAUAAAGAAUGGCAUGGUCAUUUUAGACUUGGUUUUCCAAGAUCUUCUCGACUUAAAGCGCACAGAACGUUGACGGAUGAUGAAGGAUUCUUAGUACGGCAUUUCGCGGGAGCUGUUUGUUAUAAGACCGAACAAUUUAUAGAAAAGAAUAAUGAUGCUUUACAUUAUUCGCUUGAAGGCUUAGUGCAAGAGUGUGGAAAUCCGCUUUUGAAGUCUCUAUUUUCUAAAGGUAGUACUGCUGCUAGGGGUAAACUGAAUUUUAUAUCGGUUGGUUCUAAAUUUAAAACACAGUUGGCUGAACUAAUGGAAAAAUUAGAAAAAAAUGGUACCAAUUUUAUACGCUGUAUAAAACCGAAUAGCAAAAUGAUAGAUAAAAGCUUCGAAGGGGGUUUAUCAUUGGCUCAACUCAAAUGUUCCGGUACCAUUUCCGUGUUAGAACUGAUGGAAUAUGGCUAUCCGUCAAGAGUUCCGUUUGCCGACUUAUAUAAUAUGUAUAAAUCAUUUUUGCCCCCCGAAUUAUCCAAACUGCCAGCUAGGACAUUUUGUGAAGCUAUGUUACAUGCACUAAAAUUGAGCAGCCGUGAUUUUAAAUUUGGUAUCACGAGAGUAUUUUUUCGUCCUGGCAAAUUUGUCGAAUUUGACCGUAUUAUGAAAUCAGACCCUGAAAAUUUGAGGGCAAUAGUGUUUGCUGUCAAAAAAUGGUUAAUUCGUUCAAGAUGGGUUAAGUCAGCGUUGGCUGCCGUUUGCGUGAUCAAAAUUAAAAAUCGCAUGAUUUAUAGAAGCAAAUGCAUUCUAGUAAUGCAAAAAAUUAUCAGAGGUUAUUUAGCUAGGAAAAAACACCAACCAAGAAUUAAUGGUGUAAUUAAAAUAAAAAAUAUGAAAAACAAUAUUUGUAAGACUUUAGAAAUAGCAAAUCAAUUGAAAAGUGGAAAAGACAGCAUCCUAAAAGAAGUUAAAAAUAUUGAGUCAAAAAUUGAUGCUGCUGUACGAACUAUUAAAGCUAACAAAAAUAUUAGACCUCAAGAAAUUGACGAUAUUUUAAAUAAUACAAACUCGGAAAUUAAUAAUUUGACAAAAAAUCUAAACUUAAAGUUGCAGGAACAACGUCAGGCUGAAGAACAGGAACGUUUACGUAAAAUUCAAGCGGCCCUUGAAGCUGAAAGAAGAGCUCGUGAGGAAGAAGAAAGGAAAAAGAAAGAAGAAGAGGAGAUCAGGCGACUGAAAGCUGAAAUGGAAACUCGCCGGAAAGCGGAAGAAAUUGAACGUUUAAAACAAGAAGAAGAAGAUCGCAAGGCAGCUUUAAUGCUUCAAGCUCAAUUAGAACAGGAAGCCCAAGAAGAUGUAAAAUACCGCCAACAAUUAGAACAAGAGCGCCGCGACCAUGAACUAGCAUUAAGACUUGCAACAGAAUCUAACAGCCAAGUUGAAGAUAGCCCACCAAUUAUUAGAAAUGGAACAACUGAAGCAUCGACAACUGCACAUAAGCUCAUCAGUAUUGCAAGAGGUGUGAAUAUGCUUGCAUCUCGAUUUAAUUCAAUGGGAAGUGAUUUUGUUGGUAAGCUAAGCAUGUUUGCAGCUGGACCAACAUUUAAUCAGAUCAAACCAUCUCAAUCAUCUGAAAAUGUACGAGCUCAACAAGCACUCAUGGGCAAACAAAAAUACGAUUUAUCAAAAUGGAAGUAUUCAGAACUUCGUGAUGCUAUUAAUACAUCGUGUGAUAUUGAAUUGCUUGAGGCAUGCCGGCAUGAAUUUCAUAGGCGUUUGAAAGUAUAUCACGCAUGGAAAGCUAAGAAUCGUAAACGUACAACAAUGGAUGAAAAUGAAAGAGCACCUAAAAGCGUAAUGGAAGCUGGUAACAUUCCUUUUCCAAUCAAAGGUCCUCCACUUGCUCAACAGAAACACGAAAUAACUUCAGCGCAACAUAGAUAUUUCCGCAUUCCGUUUAUGAGAGCCAAUUGCACUGAUAAUACUAAACGUGGUUUAUGGUAUGCGCAUUUUGAUGGCCAAUAUGUGGCACGACAAAUGGAACUACAUGCUGAUAAGCCUCCAAUUUUAUUAGUUGCAGGGAAAGAUGACAUGCAAAUGUGUGAACUUAGUCUUGAAGAAACUGGUUUGACAAGAAAACGUGGUGCUGAAAUAUUAGAACACGAAUUUAAUCGUGAGUGGGAUCGAAAUGGUGGUAAACCAUAUAAAAAACUUGGUGCUAAUAAUAAUAAUUAAGAAAUUUUAUAAACUAUAUACAUAUAUAUUAAACGAGAAAAACUGUUGCAGAAAAUUUUUAAAAUUAUAUGAAAAAAUAAUUUUCUAUUCUAUUAAAAAUUUUCUGACUGAAACUAAAUUUUUAUUAAAAUAUUUUGGAACAAAUUAUAUAUGUUCAAAUGAAGAUGUGCCUUUUUAUUUAAAAAUUUUACUUUAUUAAAUGCAAAUAUUAUAUGAUUAUUAAAUUAGUAUUUACAAAAUUUUUCUUAUUCAGUUUAUUAACAUUUAUCAUUUUCGUAUCAUAAAAUUGAGACAAAAUUAAAAAAGUAACCCAAGCUUCUUUACCUAAUAAAAUUGAAUUUUAAUACACUUUAAAAUUUCUGAAAAAAAAAAUUAAAUGAAUGUAUAGUAAAUUAACAAUUUUCUUAACUGGAAAAUUGUUUAAACAAUAAUUUGAAUCACCGCAAUAUUUUAAAUUUAAUUCAUAAUUAUAAACCAUUUGUAAGAUUAAUAAAAAUAUAUGUAGACAUAUUUAAAAGGCAAAAAUUAAAAUAUUUACAUUAAAAAUCUUUUAUUAUAUUUUUAAAGUGCUUUGAUUUCUAUAUUUAUAUUAGCAAUUAUACUAUUUCAAAUAAUUCCAUGAAAGGCUUCCUAACGUAUGUCUUAGAGAAUCCCAAUUCGAAGACAUCUUAUACUUAAGUUUUUCUUUUUUUUUUUUAAAUUUUUUCCCUAGGAUUAUUAUAUGAGUGCAUUAAAAAUGGUAUUCAAUUCCUUUAAAAAAAAAAUAAACUUAAAAUGAAAAUCGUAUUUUAAACCAUAUGUACAAUUACAUAAAAUAUUUCUAUUUAAUUAAAUAGUAUUUAUAUUAUUUGUUUUAAAUACAUUAAAUAUUCAUGUUUUAUAGAUUUGAAGUAAUUUAAAUAAAAAUUUAAAAAGUAUUUAAUGAAAUCUUGAAAUCCAAUAAAGUAAAUUUAGUAGAUUUUGAAAUCUAUCAAAAACACAUUAGUAUAUAACUCUUAAAAUUUAAUUACCAGAACGAGAAAAAAAGUUAGACAUGAAAAAAUUUAUUUAAGUUAAAAUAUUAUCUGUUGCAUUUGUAGUUAGUAACAAAAGAAAUCUGAUUAUAACUUCAAAAUUU